CUUCUACGUGAGGGGAUCCGACGAGCGUCCUGCAAUUGAAGCUUAUGGCUUUGAAAACACCUUGAGCUCUUCAAGAUAUAUGGGCACUAAGGAAAGGUACUAAUACCCCGCAGAGUAGUUUAUAGCACGCAUGGUGCAUGGAGUAGCAUGGACUGCAUGGAGCGCAGAGCUUUAAGGGGCGCAAGAAGCUCCCCCUUUAGCUCCAUGCUAUUCCAUGUGAUCCAUGCACUCCAUGCCGUGCGAGCUGUGAAACCUUAUAAAUUGCUCCGUAAAUUAUAGGACUCAUAAAAAAGUGGCCACUUGUAGGGUACUAUUAUCGUGCUUAAUCACGAAUAGUGGGUAUAUUUGGGAGUACUGUCAAACUCAAAACCUUCAUAUCAGCACAGAGCUAAUAUCAGUUUUUUCUUUCCCCAUGAAGACGACACUUCGUAUGAAUGUUUUCUCUACCUUGAUGCUCUCCUUGUUUUGUACUUGGUGUCAGGACCAGCAGUGACUCUGACUCCACCCAUUAGACCUAUGAUGUAGCAACGUUAAUCUUUCUCCUUAGCUGUAACAAGUAGACGACUUAUGUUCUUCUUGUUUACUACACUAGGACGUAGUGAAUCACAGCAGAAGGAGGUUAGAAGUAAUGCUGCAGCAGCUUAGUUAUAUUGAAUCUGGUAUUCGGUAAGCUGAUUUUGAUCAUACGGGAAAGCAAGAAGACAAUCUUUGUGAUCAAAUUCAAAGUAGCACGUUUCUUUUCUAAGUUUCUUAAGUUUCGAAAGAAAGCAAGCAUCUAAUUAAAGGACGCCCAAACACCUUUUGUUAGGCACAUUCAUUCAUUCAAAUACAGGAGCCAUUCAUUAGUGAUAUUAUAGCUUAGCCGAAGAUAUUCACCCUUAGCUGAAGAUAUCAUCCCUGAAGAGGUCAUGCGAAAUCAUGUUCGGGAUGUUGUAGCUCCUCAGCAGCUCUCAUAUGUAGAUUCAGAAAAACAUUUUCCCGCCUUCCGAAGACGGCCUGAUGUUGCGGCUCCGUGGGCGACUUGCAGAGUUAGGGCUUGGCUGCACUUCGUAUGCUCACUAAAAGUACUUAUUUUCGAGGAGCAGGACCUCUGAAAAUUCGAUGUAGAAUAUUUCAACUACGCACACAUGCAUCCAUGUUGAUUUCGUUUUAGAAGUGCUGUCGUUAAUGUUUAUGUAAAAACUGCUCUGGGACAGAGAUCAAGGUGAAUCAAAAAUGUAAAACUACAUUAUCAAGAAAAUAUAACCUAUAAACCUCCACCUCCUGUAUGGUCAACAAUAUCAAGGAGCAUCAUCAUGAUGAGAGUAAGUAUUAUACCCUCCUUGGGGCUAUACACCGAAGCGGAGCAGUCACCUUGUGUGGCGGUGAAGUGGAGGCGUCCUAUCCUAUCCUAUAUCUAAUGAGAGUAAUUGUUAUACUAUCCUAUACUAUCAUAUCCUAUACUAUCCUAUCCUAUCAUGAUGAGAGUAAUUGUUAUACGCGUCUAAGAAAACGUAAAAUCAGACGGGCUCGGGAGCGUGCGAAGAUGAGGGCGUUAAGGCUGGGGUCCUAAUCCACUGUGAUGGGAGAGACUGUGAUAGCAGAGAGAUGAGAAACUUGCCUUCCCAAUCAGAAGGCCGAUUCUUGUUGCUUGUGGGCUAGUUUGUUACCCUGAUUAGUGAUCCAUCUCAUUGAAGGCACGCCGAGUAGAUACAGACUUGCGUAUGAAGACGGGUAUACACCCGUUGGCCCCAGCGUCAAGCAUCCUGUUGGAGAAAAAAGAGCCUCGUCAACAAAUAGAUCUACUCUCCUGAUUAAAGAAAUGUGAGUGAUCAGGCGAAAACAGCCUCAACAAGAUGAGUCAUGUCAUCACUCACCACCUCUUGAGACCUAAGGUGUAGUUGACUGUCAUGACCAUGAGAUGGAUUGGUCGUGAAACAUUAGGUGGAUCGUUUGGGUGAGCGCCUGGUCUAACUUUGAGUGUAUUCUCCACUCCAUCAAAGAGCUCGUCGUCUUCCAACGAGAACGACAGUAUCCAAUGGCACGACGACGAAAUGCAGUCUUACGGCUUGUUUCUCUAAUGAUUAGAUGAAAUGUGUUUCUCCAGUAAUGCAGUCUUAAGGCUAUUUUUGUCUCUAAAAUAAAUCUGGUGCCUCUUGCUCUUGUUCUAUAGAGAUAGGCUUCAAUCGCCUAAUCUGUCUCUUCUAUACAGAGAUCGAUGACUCCUCAACAAGAACUGUAUGCAUCCCAAUACAAACCCUAAGCCCUAAGCAUCUCUAACACUCUCGUGCGGCUAAAUCAUGCGUUGACUUGUAUUCACUCUUC